AUGUCGGGCAACAGGUCCUUCCUCAACCGCGCCUACCCUAUCAUGAAGAAGCACAACCCGCACACUCCCAUCCUGAUGCGCGAGGCCUCGGGCAUUGAGCCGCGAGUCUUUGCCAGAUACGGUACGAAAACACCCGACACAUUGCGCGAGAUAUCAAUCUCCAAGAUUAACAAAACUAAUGGAUUGGCUGGAUUGAUUACAGAACUUGGCAAGGAGACCCAAGAGGCUCUCUCGGGCAUGUCUGCCUCGCAGAUUGAGGAGCGCAUCACGAACCUGGUGAAGCAGACUUCAUAA